CGUCCUCUGCUUGGCUCAAAAAGAGGCAAACGUCUGAAUGAGUCUUUGCCUACUAUAAAAUCGUCUUGGAAGAAAGUUGAAGGUCAUUAUUUCCGACUGUCGUCUAUAGUUUAGCUGAUAGUUCUGGUCGUAUCAUAUCGUGGAGGUGCUGGCGCUGGUCUCACGAUGGCAAGGGCCGACCACAUAGUGCUGCUGACGAGCGCACUCACUCUAGUGUGUUGGAGUGGUCUGAGCACAGCGUAUUCCUCCGGUGCUCCUGCGCAUACGUGUUCCUCCAUGCUUCCCGGACACGGCCUGCCUGAGUUGACGGAUGACCAAGGCUGUACGCUCACCUUCGCUGGCAGCGUUCGGGAAGGAAGCAAGCAGAGACUGACUCUGAACUGCGGUGGAACGUCGUUCCGAGGGUUUCACAUCCAAUGCCGUGCCGGCGGGGAAGAUGGCGCAGCGGCCGGCCAGUUCACGGCCACGUCCAACUCUCGCGUCUUCACGUGUGGAGGCAAGCAAGCGAGUGCUAUCACACAUACAAGUCGCACCGGAAAGACGUCCAUGGAGAUCGACUGGGAACCGGACCAAGCAGCAUGCCAAGGCAACAUUCAGUGCCGUGCCACGGUUGUGUUUCAAUACACUCAAUACACUCGGCUAGUGCGUGGUGCAGUGACGCAGUGUGCAGCUCCAGCCACCACGGCGCCACCCAGCUGCCCGGCCAACCAGGAAUACAGAGAGUGUGGCACUCUGUGCGAGCCAACCUGCGAGGGUUCGGCAUGCUCGUGUCCGGAGGCGUGCCGUGCCGGCUGUUUCUGCAGAGAGGGAUUUGUGCGCCACGAUGGUGACUGCGUCCCGCUUUCUCAGUGCCCAGUUCCCGGCUCGCAAGCUGGCAGGCAGGCGUGCAGCUGUGUUCCGGAGUGCACUGCUCCCGGCACAGCCCAGUACAGAGUCGAGUUCAACGCCGAAUGGACGGCACCACCGCCACCCAGAAGAUCUCCCCACUGGAGUUCGUUUGUCGGUGCGUCUCAUUCGCCGUGUGCUGUUCUCUGGAGAAACGGCACACUGGCGACACUGGGCGUGAAGAACGUUGCUGAGUUUGGUAGCAACUCGGCCAUCAACCGGGAAGUACGCAACUUGGACUGCUAUCAAGGUGCCUACUUCAGCGCUGGUGGUAUAGGCAGCAGCGCUGGCCAAGUCAGGGCCAAUGUCAUGGUGGAUAGGUACAACCACUUGAUCUCGGGCAUGUCUAUGAUCGCUCCUUCGCCUGACUGGAUUGUCGGUAUAGACAGUAUUCCCGUGUGCAAGGGAUCGGAAUGGCUGGACAGAAUCGAGUAUCACGCUCACCUGUGGGACGCUGGUACAGACUCUGGCUUGCGUUUCACCUCGCGUAACCAGGCAACAAAUCCGAGGGAGAUUAUUCAGAGGAUCAGAUCCAACACACCCCAGUUGUCUCUGUCAUCCCAAGGCUACUCAGCACGUCUGGGCACCAUCGUGUUGAGAAGGAUCAGCGUCAACCCCCGCGGUGUGCCACGCAGUCAGCCAGAGUGCACUCAGUGCCCCAAGGGCGUACAGUGCGUGGCAAGCUACGAUGUCACAGUGAUGAAUCGACCUACAUGUGGUGCCAACGAAGCUUUCAGCACCUGUGGCUCUCCAUGUCCAGAAACAUGCGAAGGCUCUCCGUUUGCCUGUGCCACUGUGUGUGAGCAAGGCUGUUUCUGCACUACGGGGCACGUCAGGCACGAGGGACGCUGCAUUGAGCGAUCGGCAUGCCCUGUUGAAGAAACCACCGUACCAGCUGCACCCACAACACCAACGUGUCCAGCCAACGAAAUCUUCAGCGGAUGCGGCGCUGCAUGCAUAGAAACCUGUGACGGAGCCCCAGCCUUUUGUACACUGGCGUGUGUACCGGGCUGUGUGUGUACUAGUGGAUAUGUCAGACAUGAGGGAAGCUGUAUUGAGCGAUCUGCUUGUCCAGCUGAAGAAACCAGCGCACCAGCUGCACCCACGAUACCGACGUGUCCAGCCAACGAAGUCUUCAGCUCGUGCGGCGCUGCGUGCAUAGAAACGUGUGACGGUGCCCCGGCCGUCUGUGCACUUAUAUGCGUGCCGGGCUGUGUGUGUACUGGUGGAUAUGUCAGACACGACGGAAGCUGUAUUGAGCGAUCUGCUUGUCCAGCUGAAGGACCGUCUGGACCGCCCGCACCGGGGCCAGUUACCCACACUGUCGGUGGUAAAUGCCGCAAUGUCGGCGUGGCUGGUGGAUUUGGUAUUUGCAUUUCUGACUGCGCGGGCGACUCCGACUGCACUGGUGGAGAUCUGUGCUGCCAGAAUGAAUGCGGCGGACAGGUUUGCUCCGCACCGUGUCCCGUUCUUACAUGUCCUGUCCAGUGUGACGUGUUCUCUAAUGGUGAUAACGGCUGCCCAACUUGCUCGUGUGAAAGAGCAAUCUCACCUGGACCGCCAGCACCUGGACCGCCAGCACCUGGACCGCCAGCACCUGGACCUCCAGCACCUGGACCGCCAGCACCAGGGCCAGUUACCCACACAGUCGGUGGUAAAUGCCGCAAUGUCGGCGUGGCUGGUGGAUUUGGUAUUUGCAUUUCUGACUGCGCGGGCGACUCCGACUGCACUGGUGGAGAUCUGUGCUGCCAGAAUGAAUGCGGCGGACAGGUUUGCUCCGCACCGUGUCCAGUUCUUACAUGUCCUGUCCAGUGUGACGUGUUCUCUAAUGGUGAUAACGGCUGCCCAACUUGCUCGUGUGAAAGACCGUCUGGACCGCCCUCACCUGGACCGCCAGCACCUGGACCGCCAGCACCUGGACCGCCAGCACCUGGACCGCCAGCAUCAGGGCCAGUUACCCACACUGUCGGUGGUAAAUGCCGCAAUGUAGGCGUGGCUGGUGGAUUUGGUAUUUGCAUUUCUGACUGCGCGGGCGACUCCGACUGCACUGGUGGAGAUCUGUGCUGCCAGAAUGAAUGUGGCGGACAGGUUUGCUCCGCACCGUGUCCCGUUCUUACAUGUCCUGUCCAGUGUGACGUGUUCUCUAAUGGUGAUAACGGCUGCCCAACUUGCUCGUGUGAAAGAGCUGUAACACCACCUGAGCCUACGACUCCAACAUGUCCUCCAAAUGAAGUCCAUGACUCUUGUGGCUCAUCGUGUCCGGAGACCUGUGCUGGAAUACCGUUCAUUUGCGAUUUCCGCUGUGUAGAGGGCUGCUUCUGUGCGCCUGGCUAUAUCAGACACGAGGGUAUCUGUAUUGAGCCAUCUGCAUGCCCAGGAUCGCCUGGACCGCCCUCACCUGGACCGCCCUCACCUGGACCGCCAGCACCUGGACCGCCGGCAACAGGGCCAGUUACCCACACUGUCGGUGGUAAAUGCCGCAAUGUCGGCGUGGCUGGUGGAUUUGGUAUUUGCAUUUCUGACUGCGCGGGCGACUCCGACUGCACUGGUGGAGAUCUGUGCUGCCAGAAUGAAUGUGGCGGACAGGUUUGCUCCGCACCGUGUCCCGUUCUUACAUGUCCUGUCCAGUGUGACGUGUUCUCUAAUGGUGAUAACGGCUGCCCAACUUGCUCGUGCGACAGUCCAAUAAUAACAACGCCGCCACCACCUGUGGAUCUGUGCAGUCUUGUAACUUGCCAAGGAUUGAACUGUGCACCGGGCACAGCAGCAGCGCGUGUACCAGGUGCAUGCUGUGAUACCUGUGAACCCACCGCCAUCACCAAUGUUUGUGGAGCAUUUGAGGAAUCGAUUCCGUGCGCCGAGCUCUGCCCAGCAAAGUGUAGCAAUCGCGGACUACUUUUUGCCUGUCCUCCCGAUUGCUCGCAGCAAGGCUGCACGUGUAUUGAAGGAUAUGUGCGUGAUGAGAAUGACCGCUGCAUCAGAGAGAUUGACUGCGAUCAGGGUCCAAUAAUUACAACACCACCUGUGGAUCUGUGCAGUCUUGUAACUUGCCAAGGAUUGAACUGUGCACCGGGCACAGCAGCAGCGCGUGUACCAGGUGCAUGCUGUGAUACCUGUGAACCCACGGACAACACCAAUGUUUGUGGAGCAUUUGAGGAAUCGAUUCCGUGCGCCGAGCUCUGCCCAGCAAAGUGUAGCAAUCGCGGACUACUUUUUGCCUGUCCUCCCGAUUGCUCGCAGCAAGGCUGCACGUGUAUUGAAGGAUAUGUGCGUGAUGAGAAUGACCGCUGCAUCAGAGAGAUUGACUGCGAUCAGGGUCCAAUAAUAACAACACCACCUGUGGAUCUGUGCAGUCUUGUGACUUGCCAAGGAUUGAACUGUGCACCGGGCACAGCAGCAGCGCGUGUACCAGGUGCAUGCUGUGAUACCUGUGAACCCACCGCCAUCACCAAUGUUUGUGGAUCAUUCGAGGAAUCGAUUCCGUGCGCCGAGCUCUGCCCAGCAAAGUGUAGCAAUCGCGGACUACUCUUUGCCUGUCCUCCCGAUUGCUCGCAGCAAGGCUGCACGUGUAUUGAAGGAUAUGUGCGUGAUGAGAACAAUCGCUGCAUCAGAGAGAUUGACUGCGAUCAGGGGCCAGCUAACCACACAGUCGGUGGUAAAUGCCGCAAUCUCGGCGUGGCUGGUGGAUUUGGUAUUUGCAUUUCUGACUGCGCGGGCGACUCCGACUGCACUGGUGGAGAUCUGUGCUGCCAGAAUGAAUGCGGCGGACAGGUUUGCUCCGCACCGUGUCCCGUUCUUACAUGUCCUGUCCAGUGUGACGUGUUCUCUAAUGGUGAUAACGGCUGCCCAACUUGCUCGUGUGAAAAUGUGUGUGGAGCAUUUGAGGAGUCGAUUCCGUGCGCCGAGCUCUGCCCAGCAAAGUGUAGCAAUCGCGGAUUACUCUUUGCCUGUCCUCCCGACUGCUCGCAGCAAGGCUGCACUUGUAUUGAAGGAUAUGUGCGUGAUGAGAACGAUCGCUGCAUCAGAGAGAGUGACUGCGAUCAGGGCUCGUGCGCUGCCAACGAAGAGUACCGACAGUGCACCACCCCUUGUCCACCAACAUGUGCCACACUCGGUCAGCCAAGACCAUGCCCUGCCAUUUGUCUGGCACCAGGCUGUGAAUGCAAGCGUGGAUUUGCACGUUCUGACAACGGAACAUGCAUCCGACAGGAAGAUUGCCGACAAGCACCCAUAGAUCCUUGUGAAGGAGUGUUGUGCCGACCACCUUUUGCAUUUGGAGGAUGUCCACCAGGAACAAUAUCCAGGACACGACCAGGAGCCUGCUGCCCAACAUGUGAACCACUGAUUCUCUGCUCGUCAUCGCCAUUCUCAUGUUUCAACGUUUCCUGCCCAACGCUAACCUCAUGCCCUCUUGGCCUGGCGCCUACGAGUUUCCCAUGCGGCUGUUGUGAUCGAUGUCCAAGAAUUGAAACCGGGACAACGUAUGGAGUGUGCAACGGACGCAGAGUUCAGUGCAUGGUCAAGGAGUGUCCAACGGGUUAUGAGCAUGCCUUCAUAGAUAGCCAGUGUUGUCCGGUUUGCCUACGAUAUCUAGCCAACAAUUGCCGUGAACCGAAGAGCGUUGGACCAUGCAAAGCAUUAAUACCCCGAUGGUUCUACAAUACCGAUUCCGACCAGUGCGAGAGAUUCGACUGGGGCGGCUGUCGACCCAACAAUAACAACUGGCGCGAGGAGAGCGCUUGCCAGCGUAGCUGCAAUACAGAUCUCUACGAACCUGAGCCCGGUACCAGCUGUCAGUAUGUCACAUGCGAGAUCCCAACCUGCCCACCUGGUCAGACAUUGCGCAAUGUAACUGGACAGUGCUGCCCAGUCUGCCAGAGUGGUGGAGCACAAUGUGGAGUGAAUGAAGUGUUCCAGGCCUGUGCUCACCAAUGCCCUGCCAGAUGCAGCAAUCGUGGACUGGCGUUUGCCUGCGCCCCCGACUGCGAGACCGGUGGAUGUAACUGCCGACCGGGUUACCUCCGAGAUGAUAUUGGCGUCUGUGUUAGUGAAGCCGAUUGUCCUCCACUUGAUCCUUGUCCCAAUGGACCAUGUCCUCUACCAUUUUGCACUGAGGGAUACGUACCACUUCGGCUACCAGGGGAAUGUUGUGAAACAUGUCAUCCUGCUCCAGUCCCUCCUACCGUGCCUGCAAGAUGCCGUGGAAUAGUGUGUGACAUUCCGCAGUGUGAGCGUCUUGGACUGAUUGUCAACUACAGCAGUGAAGCAUGCUGCCCUUUCUGCUCUCCACCUCCAGUCCCUCCUACCGUGCCUGCAAGAUGCCGUGGAAUAGUGUGUGACAUUCCGCAGUGUGAGCGUCUUGGACUGGUUGUCAACUACAGCAGUGAAGCAUGCUGCCCUUUCUGCUCUCCUCGGCCCGGUUGUGAAGGCGUGGAGUGCGUUGAGACAGCUUGCCCGCCAGACACUGAAGCUCAGUAUCCACCACGUAGCUGCUGUCCCAUCUGUUUGCCCCCUGCAAGCCCUCCUCCUCCUACGGCGCCAUGCCAUGGUAUUGCGUGUGACAUCCCUAACUGUGGCGCUCUGAACAUGGUCGUCAACUAUACCUCUGGGUCAUGUUGUCCAACCUGCUCUCCCAGACCCCCUUUGCCUGCAAAGUGUGCGGCAGUGACAUGCUUAGCUAUUGAGAUUUGUGACGACGGCACUUAUCCAGUGGUUUAUCCUGACGAGUGCUGUGCUGUUUGCCCAAGCCUGCCACUUCCUGUAGAUCCAAGGCCAGAUCAUUGCCGUGACAUAGUGUGUGACAUUCCGCAGUGUGGGCGUCUUGGACUGGUUGUCAACUACAGCAGUGAAGCAUGCUGCCCUUUCUGCUCUCCUCCUCCAAGAACACACAGACAAAACUGCACCGGUAUUGGCUGUCCACUGUACAAAUGUCUGCCAGGAUCAAUCCUGGUAUACAAGAAUGGUGACUGCUGCAGAACGUGCUCUCUUCCUCCUACGGAUGAGUGUGAGGGCAUAGCUUGCGACAUUCCUCAGUGCGGCCCUGGCUUUGAGCUGAACUUCACAGCGGGAUGCUGUCCAGUGUGUGCACCAGUUGAUCCGUGUGCGGGCAUCAGUUGCAGUAUUCCUCUGUGUGAAGAUGGUUACCAUGUCAAUUACACCGCCGGCACCUGCUGUCCUGUGUGCACUGAGAUUCCACCGCCAGAUUGCAGGACGGUGAGAUGUCGUGCACCGCCGAAAUGUGUCAAAGGAGUAGCAGCACGCGUUGCCAAGGGCGAAUGCUGUGAAUCAUGUCCAAAUUGGAAUGGCCAGUGUCCAAGUCAGAGGCAGUGUGCACACUUCAAUCCAGUCGGACACCGUGAUCAGUGCUGCCCAGCGUGCAACCUGACAAUAUCCCAGUGCGACGGUAUUCGCUGCCCGCCUAUCCGCGGUUGUCGCAGAUAUGCCAGUGAGGUGCAGGUGGGAGAAUGCUGUUUAAGGUGCAUUAAGCGGCGAAGACGCAUCAACAACAACCCACGUGCUGUUUGCGCUGACGUGGUGUGCCCCAGGGGAAUGGCCUGCUCCAAGCGCAACAACAGGGCACAAUGUGUCUGCAAGAAAUGCUCAAACGUCACCGAUCCAAUGCGACAGGUCACAGGCAAGGAUGGCAAAACGUAUGCAAGUAGCUGUCAUCGCCUGCGUCAAGCGUGCAUGACAUGCUCAGGCAUCUGAUCUGGCGUUUCUAUCCUGAACACCGAAAUACGCUUGUUUUGCACAACCGGGAGAAUACGAUGCUCUGAGGGGAAUCACACACCAUAGUUUCACUUUGUCAUUUUUUGCUUUACUAGUGUCUGCACAAAAGGCUUCUUCAACUGUGCUUCUUUUGCCUUUUCACCCUGUAGCAUUUUAUGUGUCCUUGCAUGAUUGAUAAUGUGACCCAAUAGAAGAGGGCAACUUACUUUGCCAUGCACUCGGGCAGCUUCAGCGAUACUAUCACCGCUAUUACCAGCAUGAUUGUUCUCCCGCCGACUUGCUAACUCUCUUACUCACAUUCCCUUUCUUCUUUUCUUUCUCUCUCUUUUUCUCAACCGUACUUGCACACAUGCUUUAGUAACAGACGAAGCGGGUGACUUUACUACUUCGCAAUGUGCUCUUAGCACACUCUAAUGUGUUGCUAAUUCUUUUCAAAACUCAGAUUGCCAGCUGUUUCCAUUGUCAUGUGACUUUACAACUGCAGCCACACACACCUGUGUUAUCUUGAACGACAUUACAAUCUUUCCCAGUAUAACAUUUUAGUAUGUUCACUGUAGCUCGGCUUACCUUCAUAUUAGCUGAAAAUCACAUCUUUGUCCCA